AAAUAAUAACAACUGCAACAAACUUCUUCACCUCCUUGAACUCCCCUCUUCAAUGAUUCUACAGAUAUAGGACCCCAGCCGGCCCCUACCCCGAUCGUCCACUUCAUGAACACGAAGUUAAACAACGAGGGUUUACUUGGAUAUAUCAUCUGGCUCUACCUCUCUAAGCCAAGUUUAGAUGAGUUUCAUGCAUAACAAGAUUUCCCAUUUUUAGAUGAAUUGCGCCAUGGCCAAUUACUCGCAUUACCGAUCACAGUUCGGUGACACCACAUAUACUAAAGUGUUUGUUGGAGGUCUAGCUUGGGAGACGCCCACCGAAGAAAUGAGGAGGUAUUUUGAGCAGUUUGGGGAGAUUCUUGAAGCUGUUAUAAUCACGGAUAAGAGCACAGGAAAAUCUAAAGGAUACGGAUUUGUGACUUUUCGUGAUCCUGAAUCGGCGAGGGGGGCUUGUGCUGAACCAAACCCUGUGAUCGAUGGAAGAAGAGCAAAUUGUAACAUUGCUUCACUAGGACGGCCGAGACCUUCGCCGCCACGAGGUAGAAUUCAGGGUAGCAGUCCUCAUCAUGGAGUAGUCCAGCGGGUUGCUCCGUCGUACAGUGGAGUUGCAGGGGCAAUGCCACCGCCUCCUCCUCCGCCACCCCCACCUCCGCCUGUCAUUUAUCCUCCAUAUGGAUACCCAACCUACACUCCUGAGUAUGGUUACCACCAAGCACUGUAUAACCCACAAAUGCAGCAACCACAAUACUAUCCAUCUGCCCCAUAUUACUAUGGGUAUUCUUUGCAAGCUGCUCGGGGAACAUAUUCUCCAUCACAGCCACAACGCCCGUCCUAUCUUUUCUAUCCUACUUCUCAAAUGGAGGGGUCCUCCUCCACCUAUGCUCAGCCACAUUUUCAACUCCCUUGCCAUCCGUUUCCUUCUUCUUCUGAUUCACAGGGUUCACAGCCCACCUCCACAGAAAAAGAAGCUGGACCAGCCACCUCUGAUCAAAGCCCAAAAAUCUAAGGGAAGAAGAAAUCAUCCACAAUAUACACAUGGACUGCCAAUUGUACAAUCUCUGACGAGUUUAAAUAUCAUCACUUCCCUUCCCUUCGCCUUCUCAGUUUCUCUCUACCACUUAAACAUAUUCAUUUUUUUGUUCUUAUUUUCCUUCCUUUCUCACAUUUCCUCAAAAAAUUUUAUUAAACUUAUUCAUUCUUUUAAGAGAUUAACAUCUUCGUCAGAAUUUUGUAUGAACUAUGCAAUGAAAGGAGGUUGAAGUU